ACAAAGCGGGGGCGCGCCGGCACAGAGAGCGAGCAGAGCCGCGGUGCACGCUUCAUGAAUGAGCCCCUCUCCUCCAGCACCGCAGCCCGGACCCUCCAUCCAGCCCCCCGCGCCCUGACUCCGAUGCCCCGCGUGUGUGCGCAGUCCGGCGGGGAGCAGCGCAGCCGAUGAGCCCGGACAGUGGUCGUCUCGCGCAGGACUACAUGAGAACACGCACACCCCACCACCAGGAACAAGCCGACGGCAGAAGCAACGAUGCUUGAUGGACUCCGGCGGAGGCAUGCCUCCAGGCCCUCCCCCCGACCCCUGUCCCUCAACUUCAGCACCUUCUCCGCCCCUCCCCCGAGUCCGGACAUGGACAGCAGCAGCGAGCAUCCAAUCAGAAGGACUCUGCACCGGCUGAAGUUGAUGAGCUCCCCCAGCCUGAGCGAGCUGGGCAAGAGUGAGAAAAGUUCACCGGAGGACAGAGGGGAGAAGCAGAAGAGGGCAGGAGCCAACGCCACCUGGAACAGCAUCCACAACGCCGUCAUCGCAGUCUUCCAGAAGAAAGGUCUGGCAGAUAACGAACUCUACGUCCUCAACGAAAGUGUCCGGCAUCUGCUGAAGACUGAGCUGGGGUCCUUCUUUACUGAAUACCUUCAGAACCAGCUGCUGACAAAAGGCAUGGUCAUCCUCCGGGACAAGAUAAGGUUCUACGAAGGUACGAGCGCUUUAAUACGUCGUCUGAAAAUAUAUUGUAGUGAACCAAGCCUAAAUGAACUGUCUUUUUUGGCUCCUCGUUCAAUCGCUGCAGGUCAGAAGUUACUCGACUCUCUGGCAGAGACGUGGGACUUCUUCUUCUGUGACGUCCUCUCCAUGCUGCAGGCCAUCUUUCAUCCGGUGCAGGGUAAGGAGCCCUCGGUCCGACAGCUGGCUCUGGUGCACUUCAGGAACACCAUCGUCUUAAGUGUAAAGUUAGAGGACGCCCUGUCUCGACCCCGGGCCCGAGUUCCCCCCUCUGUUACACAGAUGCUGCUUAUUCUACAGGGGGUCCACGAGUCCCGUGGUGUGAAUGAGGAAUACCUGAGGCUGGAGUCUCUGGUCCAGAAGGUGGUCUCACCGUACCUGGGCACGCACGGUCUUUGCUCAGGGGACGGAGAAGAGGCCGACUGCUGUGUCCUUGAGAAGCGUUUGUCGUGGGGCUGGCCCAAGCCCGCAGAUCAACCGUCUAAAAACCCUGUGGUACGAUCCAAGAGCUACAACAUCCCUCUGCUGCUGACCCCGGUGGCUGAGUAUGACCCAGAUGCCAGCUCUGUUGGCAGUGGGGGAAUUCGACGCCACUCGGCCUGUGAGAUUAUAUCAUGCUCGGAGGAACAAGGACUGGCCUACGCGGACAUGGCCCCGGGAUCCGAACUGUCAGGCGCCACCUCCAGCAGGCUGUGUGUGGGCUCUCACUUCAAUGGUAUUGUACAAGCAGGAGCCAGUGGCGUGGCCUUGCCUCUCCCGUCUCCCUCCAUUCAUCCCCUCCACUCCUCAGGAGCUCUCCACGGCACCGAGGCCACAACAACAAUGACUGAUCUUAGUAAGGGCGCAUCCUCCUCGCCGCCCAGUGAAUCAUCCAGCCCCGAAACCAUAAUUGGACAAGUGCUCGACUCUGCAGACUCGGACUCAGAUGGGAUAUUUAUUGAUUUCCCUUCUCACUCAUCAGAAGCUAUGGGGUACACUCGCGAAGGCAGGCAGAGCACCGUGUAGCUGUGGUCGCCUUUAGGAACACACGUGGUACAUGCACCAAUGACCUGGGACAAAGAUCAAACGUACACUUCAUCAAAGGGGCUCAUUUCAAAGUGGUGUGUAACAACCUUGUAACUCUACAAUGACUCUUUUUAAAACCAUGAAAAACCCAACACAAGCUACAUUAAAACUG